AGCACCUGCUCAUGCAUGCGCACGACCCAGACUUCCUCUCUGAACUGGACGAUCUCAUUGGGCAGUUCAGCGAGGUCCGCAUCGGGCGCCACCGUGAUUGGGCCAGAGCUGGAUUGGGGCAGGAUCUCGAUGAGAGUGGGGAGAAAAGACGGCACUCUUCCUUAUUGUCAUCGCAAAAUUUCCGCUCAAACAUUUACAGAAUCAACUUGAGUGGAUACUACUCGCCUCACCCCCUGUCUUACCCCCCUCACCCCUCCUUCUCCCCGCUCCACCCCCACCCCCCCCACAGCCUGCCUUAUGGCAGCAGAAAGCCAGAGCUGAGGUUGAGGUGUGGCUGUCCCACCAAGCCCUGUAAGUCCUUAGACCAGGGUGACUGUGGCCAGGGGCGGAGGUGUGCCUUACAGGGUAUCACAGGGCACCUCCACCCCUCCUCUCUCAGUACCCCCCUGGCCUCCUCCACCACCUCUUCCACCACCCCCAUGCCUCUGGGUUUUGGCUACUACAGAGGCUAUCCUCUGACCAUGGCCCAUUACCCAAACCCCCACCCCUCCUUUCCCCUGCCUCCCCCUCAUCCCUACGCCCCCCACCUCCACCCCCCUCACCUCCUCCUCAACCCAUCCAGGUUCCACAGGAGGAGGAGCAGGCAACUGAGGGAGGCUGGGUUGGGUGGAGGUGGAGGUGAGGACGUGGGGGUUAUGGGUGAGGGAAAGAGGGCCGGGGUCCGUUCCUGUCCAGCAGGGUUCGUCCCUGGUCGGUCCUGUGUCUGUGGGGGGAGUGAACACAAGCUCAGACAUAAACAUCGUCACAGACAGCGUGAUCGUGACGGAAAGGAAGAAGAGGAUGAGAGAGUUGCCGGGUCACAGCUAAGGUCAGAGUUCACCAAAGGAUCAGGAGGAAGUAGAAAGACUGGAGGACAAGGGAGUGCUGGGUUGAUGGAGUCUCCAUGGCAACAUAGGCACAGCAAAUACCCCUCUUCUUUCUUCUCUGCUUCUGCUAAACCAGCCUCUUCAUCAUCAUCAUCAGAGAGGCUCAAACACACACCCCUCACCUGUCUAGGCUCCUCUCACCUGUCCUCUUUCGGGGAGGGCUGGGGGGUUCGGCAGAACCCCUGGCUGAGGAGAGGGGGGCUGGGGGCAGGAUUCAGACCCCUCGAUCCCACCUGGGGCACUCUGACAGAAGAGCAGAGGACAGCCGCUGUGGGGGGGUCAGAGAGAGAGGCGGGGGAGAGACACACACCCUGUCACAGCACCUUCACCCCCCCGGCACACACCAAUCUCUUCACCUCCUCUGCCACCAGUGGGAGGGGCAUGAGGAGCGGAAGAGACAAUUGGAGACCAGGGAAUCAAGACGGGUCACUGAGGAGUGAGGAGCCAUCACAGACCGAGAGGAGAGGCACAGACCCACACUAUGACCUGAGCAGGAGGCAACUGAAGUGGCUGAGAACCAGUCAACGUUUUGGGGCUAAGAGAGGGCCUGGACGACCCAGGAAGAACCCUCUAGCCUCCCCUUUGGUCUCCCCCUUCCUCUCUCCUACAAGCCAACCAAGCCCUCCAACUGAGACGGACGACCAGAACAGAGACAGAAACAGAGGAAGAGGAGGAGGAGAUUCAGUACAAGAGGUGAUUGAAGCUGUGAUUCAGAGCCAGAGGAGGAGAAGACGGAAGAGGAGGCACAUUGAGAAAGAGGAGGUCGAGCAUCCAUCCUGUCUCCAAAGUUCUGGUGAAGGUGAGCCAGUCACCCACACCCCCUCCAUAUGCACAGGCCAAUCAGAGCUAACCCAAACUCCAUCCCUAACCCCGGCCAGCCAAUCAGAUAAGGGAGCUGACCAGCUGCCUAGGAAGAGGUUUCAGAGGGCGGGGCUCUACUCAGAUGACUACAAAACUACAGAUCCCUCCUCUCAGAACCAGCUGAACAGAGAGAGACUGGAAUAUACACCAGGAGAACAAGACUACAGCCUCCUGCCUGCUCCCAUACAUGUUGGGAAGUACCUAAGAAUGAGACGUAUUGACUUUCAGUUGCCCUUUGACGUCAUGUGGCUCUUCAGGCACAACCAGCUCCACAAAGAGCCAGAUGUUCCUCAGACCAGAGAGAUCUCAUCCUACCAACCGAAAGAGAAGAGCCUGUCCAGUCACCAGACAGGGGUGUCCCUCCCUCCCUCUCCCCAGGAGGAGUGUUCCAGUCCCAGUAAGAAGCUGUUCCCCUACCUGGACAUGGAGCCUAUGAUCACCAGUGACAGGGUGUUCGUCCUGAAGCACCGCGUGUUCCUUUUGAGGAACUGGGAGAGGGUCAGAGACAGACAGAUACGCCUGAGGAGCGGGAGAGAGGGGGAACGAGAGAAAGAUGGAGGAGGAGUUUCCAGCUAUGUAGCUACUGGGGACAACAACAGCCACAUCAUGUCAGGUCGACAAAUGGCGGUGAAGAAGAAGGUUGUGUGGACUAGUGAGCCCCUUCGUGAUCCCCAGUGCCCCCAUAACCCCCUCAGAACCACGCCCCAGCUCACUGAGAACAGACCAGAGGAGAAAAAACAGGUGGAGGAGGAAGAGGAGGGCUGGAAGGAGGUCCGGAAGGAGCGACUGAACAACAUACUCCUGAAGCUGCGGCAGACACGAUUGGUGAGAGAGGACAAGGAAGGAAGGAGGGGGGAUCUCAGCUUAGUCUCUCUUCUUCUUCCAAGUAGCUCAGUUCAGCUAACUUUGCACUAGUGUUGGGGGAAAACGCUUCCCUGAAAUGAUUUGUUAUAAAGAUGAUUUUGGGCUUUGUUUCUGAGAGGAAUGAGGGUGUAGUUGUUUACUGUACCAUUGAGAAUGAUUGACAGACAGUCAGCAGACCAGUGACAGUCUGAUUUAAUAGUCAGAGAGGGCGGAAGGGAUGGAUGGAGACCAUAGAGUCUUAAGGCUGGAUUAAAUUCGUAUUGUGGAAGAUCCGCGUUGUAGCUCCAUUUAAAUGUAAAGGACAUGUUCCCGUGUUCUCACAGACUACAUUCACGGUAAACGCUGCAUGUCGGCUCAAUCUGAAAUUACCAUGACAUUAUCAUUUUUUACAAUUUUACCUCCUUUUUUGUGAUAUCCAAUUGCAAUCCAAUUACAAUCUUGUCUCAUCUCUGCAACUACCCAAUGGGCUCAGACAGGCGAAGAUCGAGUCAUGCGUCCUCCAAAGCGUGACCCAAGCUGCACUUCUUAGCACCUGCUUGCUUAACCCGGAAUGUGUCAGAGGAAACACUGGCCAACUGAUGACUGUCAGCUUGCAGGUGCCUGGCCUGCCACAAGGAGUCGCUAGAGCGCGAUGAGCCAAGUAAAGGCCCCCCCGGGCCAAACCUUCCACUAACCCGGACAACCCUGGGCCAAUUGUGCGCCGCCCUAUGGGACUCCCGGUCACAGCCGGUUGUGACACAGCCUGGGAUCGAACCCCAAGCUGUAGUGAUACCGCAACACUGCGAUGCAGUGCCAUAGACUGUUGCAUAGACCGCUGCACCACUUGGGAGGCCUACUUCCGAUACUUCCGCAAUACACAGCCCUUAGAGUUUGAUUCAAUCCCUGUUGCUGAAGUACGGCGCUACAGCGUGAUUCAAGUGUAAAGGUCAUUUCCAAUUGAGCCGACCUAUGCAGUUCUUCCGUGAAUUCAGUGUCCGCUAACGUGGGAACAUUUCAUGUUCUCUUCAGCUCUACGUAUUGAAUCGGCCUUUAAUGUAAAAGUGCCAUGUUGUAAAUAAACUGACGCCUGAGUGAGUUCAAUCUCCAAAAGCAAUACGUCCUGUAAGGAUUUCAGUACAAUAACUUUAAUAUCACUACCAGUACCAGCUAGAGACCCUUCUAUGUAUCAAACCAAGUAGUUUUUAUUGCCUUAGUGAAUAUGAUCAUUUCAAGAUCGUUAUAUUGUACCAAUGAUAAUGCAGUAACAUUGACCUAAGUAAUGUAAUGAAUCAGUUUCAUAAUUGAUAGUUAUUAUCUAAGCGUUAAAGUUAAUAGUCAAAGGCCUUCAUUUUGCUACAAAGUGUUAAACAUAACUGACCUAUGUUAAAUAUUGCUAUGAUUGUAUAUGACUUCUCUUCACCUGUAUACUUUUUCUGACUGAUGGAAUGUUCUUUUUUAUUUGGUCAGACAAUCAGGAAAAUGAAUUGAAUCUGAGAUUUGUAAUCGUUCAUUUGUACAGUUCUCUUUGGUGCAGUUUCUAGUUUGACUUUGAACACUAAGUUGAAUGUUUUAUAGUUGACCUGUGUAUUUGCCUCACUCGCUAUUGCCAAUGGGUGAUUAGGAAUAUUAUAGCAUUCAUCAAUAUAGUGAAGGGUUAUUUAUGUAGUUUGCAUGAAAUGUAACUUUGGGCUGGAUUCAAUCCAUAUCGCGGAAGAUCACAUCAAAGUGUAAAGGUUAUUUCCGAUUAAGCCGACAUUUGCAGUGUUUAUCUUGAAUUCAGUCUCCACGAACGCGGAAACAUUGCCUUUAAAUUUAAAUGGAGCUACAACGCAGAUCUCCCAUGAUACUUCUGCGAUGCGGUGAGAAUCCAGCCCUUUGUUGUACAAUUUAAAUUGCUGCUUAUAACCUGUCUUUGGAGAAAAUACCACAGAGUUCAUCUGACAGAAUGUCAUUUCAAACAUUGACCAUAUUAUCAAUAACAAUAAAAUGGUGUUUUUGUUUACAAAG